AUGUUUGCGGAGACAAUUAUCGGCAGCGAGGCGUUUGUUGGCGCGCGCCGGCCACGUGCUGCACGCGUCGCUGCCACGGAAGGCGGGAAAUUGCUGCGGAUACCAAGAUGGCUCGAUAGCGUGGGUUCACAGCCAGUUCCUCGUCCUAAUUACGCGGGGCGACACAUUCGACCCAUUUCCGAGCGGUGCGAAGUGUACGAGCGUUCGCGGGCGCUGGUGUGCGCGCGCGCGGACACGCCGCGUGCGCGUGUGCGUGCGCUGAUAAGAGGUCGCGCGAUAACCCGGCCGAGGCCACGCGCGCCUGGCAACAACCGCGCGGCCGAUCGAUUCUGCGCCCAAUCCCUUAGGGCGUAUGGUCCGGCUUCGCCUGGCGGCGCGUGCGUCGCUAUCACGGCCCUGGAGUGCACAUCGGGAGCGGACAUCGGGCCCUGCCUGCCCCGACCUCUCAGCAGGGUUUGCUGUUGCACUCCUGCAGGAAAAUUUAACGACCACACAGAAGACUGGCGUGCAGUAGAAGCAUUAUAUGGAUAUCGUCGGGUCGGGUAUAGGCCGGUGGUGGCGCUGCCUCGGGUGGACUGGACACCGGCGGCUCUGGUUGCAUCGUGCGCGUUCACCCCGCCCCGCGUGAUCGCUCACGGUUUGACACCGGACCGAGCGAUGCGGGCAAACAGUCACAACACACGGACGGACGGAUAUCCUAUUACCCGCCAUUUAGCGAUAAUUCCA